CUUUCAACCAGGGACAUUCUUCAUGUUCUCGAGUAUUUGUGGCCUUACUGUUCUAUUUGUAGCCAAGUUAGUACCUGAGACCAAGGGGCGAACACUAGAAGAAAUACAAGAAUCCAUGAAUCCCUUCUCAGAAAAACAAUGAAGACAAUUUCCCUUGGCCAAACUUUAGUGGGAAUGCUUCCUUGAGUGUAAUUUAUGUACUGAGUCUACUGCCCACAAAUCAUUCAAGUAGUAAUAGUUUCCAAUUCCAUUAGGUAUCAUAUCGAAAAUUCACUACAAAUGUUGAGCACUAGUGUUACAUUGGACCAGCAUCUUAUGAUACGUCUUGAAGUUUCAAUGGUGUUCUUUUUAAUCUCUAAGCUUUAUUUUAUUUUUUCAACAUAAUCGUUAGUCUCGUCACAUUGCCUCCAAAUAAAAUGCCAAUUGGCUGGAAGUGGGUUUUUUAUAAGUAAAAGAAAUGCUUAUGGAAGUAUAGAAGACUGGACUUGUUGCCUAGGGAUUCAAUCAAGUUGAGGGAGUGGAUUAUCAAGACACGUAUGCGUUGGUGGCUAAGUUAGUGACAGUGGCGGUUCUUUUAGCUAUUGCAGUCGUUAAACAGUGGCCUCUUCAUCAAGACACGUAUGCGUUGGUCGCUAAGUUAGUGACAGUAGGGGUUCUUUUAGCUAUUGCAGUCGCUAAACAGUGGCCUCUUCAUCAUUUAGACAUUCAAAAUGCAUCGUCAUGGUGAUUUGCAUUAAGAAGUACACAUGAAUCUUCUUUCCUCUGGGGACAUCCUCGACAGGGGGAGCAUGGUCCCGUAUGCAAACUUCACAAGUCAAAUCACUCUGGUCUUCUUCAAUACACAUUUUAGUGUAUG